UGAUAACAAGAAACUAAUAACAAAACCUGACCUAAUGGAAGAUCCAUGUUCAAUUUCAACAAUUUCUGAUGGCUGCUGGGUGGUUUUUCAAAAAGGAACCUACCUCAAAUUGACAAAAAUUACUCAGAAGCCUUAUAUGCUUGGCAAACGACGAGAGAGCGUCUCCAUUCACCUGUCAAGUGCCAUUGGGCAGCCAUAUGGUUCAACUUUUCAGAUGGUGUGCAGCAAUGACAAGAAGAGAAUCUACUAUCUUCAAUGCUUGACCUGGGAAGAGAUAUCUAAUUAUGACCUAAAGAGAGAGACUGCAAAUGAAGCCUCUGCAUUUGAUAACAGAAAUCUCUUGGGUGAUGGCUCUUCCCAAAAACUUACAAUGGAAGAAAUUAUGGCACUGAAAAAAUCUGGUGCUAGCGGUGAAGAAGUGAUUCAAGCCAUCACUGCCAACAGCACUACAUUCAGUUCAAAGACCAAAUAUUCACAACAGAAAUAUGUGGACAAGAAAGGGAAGAAACAUGCUGAGCUCAUUGUAAUUCACAAGCCUACCAUUGACCUAAUUGCAGAGGCUAUGUUUUUUCAAGGACCCAGGACAGUAUCAUACUUACGGCCGGACAGCCUAUACCAGCUACUGAGCUACAGCAACGUGUAUCCAGGCAGUAGAGUUGCGGUCUAUGACUCAGGCACACAGGGCCUGGUGACUGCUGCUCUGCUGCACAGGCUUGGUGCUGCUGGUCGUCUCGUUCACGUCUACGCUGGAGAAAAAGCCCUCAAAUAUACUUACUUCACGUCGGCGGUAACUGCGAUGAAUUUUGAUGAUGACACGUUCUCAGCACUGUCUUUCCUUCACAUAAACAGGCUGCACAAAGUGAAAAAACCAGAGAAGACUCUUGAUACGACCCUGGAGCCCCUGGUGAUAGACCCUCGUUUGCUGCGUCCUGACGCUCCCAUGGACGUUACCGACAACGGCACUCAGGAACAACCACACGGCAAGCGCAAACACGAUCAGGAUGAGAAAGCAGACAAACCAUGUGCAAGGAGGAAAGCUCCGCUGAUGGAGCUGUACAUGGAGCUGAAGAACCAUGGCGGCAGAUGCAUGCAUCUCAGCGAGACGUGGCUGCGGGAGCUGCAAGUUCUUCCUGAACGCACGCACCCUCUUGUUAAUAUGUCUGGAGGAGGAGGCUUCUUGCUCACAGGCACCAAAGUCUGCGACGAAGAUCAGAAAUAGAAUUGUUAUUAUAUUGU